GUGUUUUUAUUGUUGAAGUACCACUGCCGUGUUUGCACAGUUGGUAGAGUCCAAUGUCCUCUGCCUGGUGAAUGAAGUGCUGAAGGCCACGGCUUGGUGUAAACAGAAGGAACCAUGGUGAACUUUGUAGCACUUGCCCGGGAGCAUUGGGUGAACAUACUGGUGCCCAUGGGCUUUGUGAUUGGAUGGUACCUUGACAAACAACAGGACCAAAAGUUGACAGCAUUCAGGAACAAAAGUGUUCUGUUCAGCAGGGAGCUAAAGCCUGGUGAGGAGGUGACCUGGAAGUAAACUGCCCCUACAUGGAAUGUGUCCUGUCAUCUGUGGUGUGAAUGAUCAGAAUGAAAUCAGAAUAUUUAAGAAGACGUAUCUCUGUUUUUGAGUUGGAUCAACCAAUAAUCUUUACUAUUAUGUGUUGUAUCAACCAUUAAUAAAAAUGCCCUCAAUGCUCAAAAUCA